UCAGCAUUGGUCACGAUAGGGUUGGGGUUCGAAUCUCUGGUGGUGUUAUGAUUUUAUUAACGAUUUUUUUAAAGGAUUUUCUAUUAAAUAAAUUAAAUGAAGAAGAAAAUAUUCAAGAAGAGGAAGGGGAAGACCAAAAUAUUAUUCAAGAAGAAAAUAAAUUAUUAUCCUUAUAUUCAAUUAAUUUAAAUCAAAAAAUAGUUACAAAAGAAAGAAAUCCAUUCUUGUAUUUAAUUGCUACAAAACAUUUGGAUAUUUUAACGAAGAAAAAGAAGGGAGGAGUAAAUAUUUGA